UCCCAGAAAUACGAUCCGGCCCCGCCCCUUCCGCCGGCCCCCAUCGUCUUCAAGGGAAUGGAGUACGACUGCGACCCUUACUGGGACCCCGACUGCCUGAUCGAUCAGCCGCCGCGGCCCGUGAAGGGUAAAGCCCUGCCGCCGCCGGUGCUGGAGGAUGACGAACCGGAACCGGAACCAGAACCAGAACCGGAACCAGAGCCGCCGAAACUCCCACACAUGUAUCACAGCCGCCUUUAUCCCUACAACUACCGCUCCGAACUCUACGACCCGCUCCGACACACCUAGAGUCACUCACCUCACUGCUUCUUUCAUUGUGAUUGAUGUUCAGAAAGCUGAAUAAAGUAUGGAGUAAUUUUCC